GCUAUUAGAGACAAUCCAAUCCAUCCGGAAUCCGUUUGUGCGAGUGCCACGGUGUCUGUUUCGUUUUUGCAGCCUUCAAAUCGUCGAAUUUUGGCCGUUUCAUCAACAAAUCUCGCAAAAUGUCAUCUCAAAACCAGCCGGACCCACUUUUCGACAUCAAGAACGCUUUUUAUAUCGGAAACUACCAGUAUUGCAUCACCGAAGCCCAGAAAGGAAAGAACACGAGCCCGGAGGUGAAGCUGGAGAAGGACAUUUUCCUGUACCGCGCAUACAUCGCUCAGCGCAAGUAUGGCGUGGUCCUGGACGAAAUACGGUCCAUGGCGGCAGAGGAACUGCGCUGUAUACGGCUGUUGGCCGACUACCUUUCAGGAGACCGAGCGCGCAAGGACCAAGUGGCGAGGGAGCUGGACCAGAGCAUGGCAAAGAGCAUGGACGUCAACAACGUGAUCCUUCCCCUCGUCGCAGCCACCAUAUACUAUCACGAGCAGAACUAUGAGGCUGCCUUGCGAGUUCUCCACCAGACGGAUUCUCUCGAGUGUGCCGCGCUCACUCUGCAGUGCCUCCUGAAAUUGGACAGACUGGAUUUGGCCAGGAAGGAGUUGAAGCGGAUGCAGGAGAAAGACGACGACGCUACGCUGACGCAGCUGGCACAGGCUUGGGUCAACUUGUACAUUGGUGGAGAGAAGCUUCAGGAGGCCUUCUACAUCUACCAAGAGCUGGCUGAAAAGAACACCAGCACGCCGCUGCUGCUGAAUGGUCAGGCGACCGCUUACAUUGCUCAGGGAAAAUACGAGGAAGCUGAAGCGCUCCUGCAGGAGGCCAUUGAGAAGGACAGCAAUCAUGUUGAGACAUUGAUAAACCUGGUGGUGCUUUCUCAGCACUUGGGAAAAUCGCCAGAGGUGACAAGCCGCCUGCUGAGCCAGCUGCGCGACACCAACAACAGCCACCCCUUUGUCCAGGAAUACCAUAACAAGGAACAGGAGUUUGAUCGGCUUUGCCGACAGUACGCUCCGUGAGAAGACAGGACCAAGUUUCCUCACACUAUGCUGCAUUCCUGAAUUAAAUCUAGAAACUUGCGAUGUCAA